UGUUUACUAGUAGGUGAAUGUUUGAUUGUUCAUGUAGCAUAAUUUUUAUGAACGUAUUGUUACGACAUGAUAAAGGAGGAUAGUUUAGAUGCUGCUGAAAAUAACAUUCUUUAUGAAUUACUAAUUUAUGCAGAAUGGCUGCAAGAACCUGAAGUUCAGACUAAAACUACAGCAGAUAGACUUGAAGAAGUAUCUGAUGCAGGACACAUCCGAAAAUGGUUGGGCCCACUGGUACAACAGCCGUGUCCUCCACUGUUAUUACGACAACUAACCAAUCUGCAGAUGCCAUGGACUUUAGCAAUUGGUGGAAAUGGAGCUGUUGUUGCAAUUCUUCAAGAUAAUUGUUUGGAAAUCAGAACAUCACGUGAUGAAUAUGGAGCUGUUAUUGGGCGAACCCAAGUUAGUAAAGAUCCAUAUCCCCAAUGGAGAAGAAUUUUAUGGUCACCUGAUUGCACUAUGCUUGCCUUAGCAUACAGUAAUGGGAAUGUAGAUUUUUACGAUUUGAUUGGCGCAUAUAUGUUUACCAUCGAAUCUAAAGAACCUGCCAUAGGAAAUGGAAAGCCUGAUUUUCGGUUGGCUGCAGCUGGUAUGGCAUUCUGCGAUGUUCGUAUUAAGAAUACACAAUGGUCUUACGAAUUUCUUAUUGCAGACUAUCAGGGAAUAUUAAUGGGCUAUUACAUUAGUCCUACUGAUGGAUAUAAGGAAAGCCAUACUUUCACAUUCUCCUCAUGUUAUCCUCUGGGAAUAUCAUGCUUUAUAUACCAUCCAACUGAUAAUAUCAUAAUUGUCAGUGGUAAAUCAGCAAAGCUUUCUGUGGCAACAAAUACUCAAGAUGCCAUGGUUCCACAAAUGGGGCUAUCAGCAUGGAGAGCUGUAAUUGGUCCACCAUACUAUAAACUAACUUUAUCUCUAGAAGAACAAAGGGCAUAUAUAAAAAGCAAAUGGUGGUCAUCAUUUUCACAGCACAUAUCAUAUGGAAGUUUAAAAGAAGAUCAUCUAGUCUUUAAAAUGAGCAUAUCGCCAAAUGGAAAAAUCUUAGCUGCUGUUCAUUUGUCUGGGGCUCUGUCACUUUGGGAUUUACCAAGUUUGAGACUGAAAAAGUACUGGCCAUUGCAACUUCAACCAAAUUCUACUGAUGUUAAUCCUCAGUAUUGUGAACCAGGGAUGAAACGGCGAGCAGAUUUUUUGCAGACUAAUGCAUUUUACUCCCAUAUUAUUGAUAUUAACUGGUGGUCAAAUGAGGCUGUGAUAAUAGUUCGCCGAUGUGGAGCAGUAACAGUAUCCUCUAUAAAUUCUCUUCGUAACUUAUUGGGAAUUUCACCGGAAUGGUUUGAGCCCUCACCAGCUGUAACAUCAUUUUGUGAUCGGGGUUUUCUUGCGAUUGAGAGUGAAGUCUGUAUUAAAAGUAAAAGGAGAGCUGUUGAAGAUGCAGACUUAGAUGAUGAUGAAAGCAGUGAUGAAGAAGAACCUUCUGUAUUUGCAUACAGUUAUGAUCUUGCUCGAAAAGGCCUUUAUUUUAUAACAGACAGUGACAGAUUUCAACCUCCAAGAAAAAAGUUAAAAAUGGUUACAAAAACUUAUCGUUUGUUGUGUUUGAAAUCCACAACACCGGAAGAACUUUAUACUAGAAAAAUAAAUCUUGAAGAAUAUGGUGAAGCACUGGCUUUAGCUAAGACUUAUAAUUUGGAUUGUGAUCUUGUAUAUCAGCGCCAAUGGAGAAAAAUGCCAGCUACUGUAGAAUCGAUACAUGAUUAUUUGAGUAAAAUAACCAAGCGAUCUUGGGUUCUGCAUGAAUGUCUUGAGCGAGUCCCUGAAAGUUUUGAAGCUGCUAAAGAAUUACUCCUGUAUGGUUUACAAGGAACUGAUGUGAAGGCUUUAAUUGCUAUUGGCAAAGGUGAAGAUCAUGGCAGAUUCAUAUUGUGCUGUCCUUAUGAAGAUGAAGAUGACCAUGAUGCUAGUUUUGAUGUUUCUUCUUCUUUUGGCUCCCCUAAUUUAAUGGAAGAUGAUAUGUAUGAAGUGAAAAAAAAGUUGCAGAAUAAGAAAAGAGAUGAGCUUUUGAAGCAGGUUAAUUUUAAAAAGCUCACUCUGGAACAGAAACAGCUUUGCCAAUGUCGUUUGAAGCUUCUAACAUAUUUGGAUAGGCUGAUGAUGUAUGAGAUGAUCCUUGGAGGGUCCAUGCUCGCCGAUGAACAAUUUGACCAUAAUUUUUUCAAACAGUUCCGAUCCCAGUGUGGUUUGGAAGCUGCAAUCCAUUUUGCUUGCAAUUCCAACUGGGAAGCAGUAGCAACACUUUUCACCUACAAUGGAUCUGAGACUCUGCCUCAUAGACUAAACAUUCUGAGCAAUUUUCCAGAAACUGUUCCACCUUUGGAAUACCAAUCUUUGCUUCCACUGUUCAAUGAGCAGGAAUUGAUUUUCUAUCCAUGGGAUGAGCAUCAACUCCGAGAACCAGACUGGUGUGAAACAAAGUAUCAGAGAAUUACCAACAUUCCAUGUAGUGAAGAUUAUGUUGAAGAGUUCUAUGAAAAAUAUAAAGAUUUAGUUAAAUACAGAGAAGUGUCCCUGAGUGAAGUACUCGUGACAGAAUGGUUUAUUCGACGAGCAAAAGAAAUUGAGGACAGAAGUGGCUUAGUGGAUAAUGCUUUGGAACUUGUCAGGCUUGGAAUACAGAGGAAUAUCCGAGGACUUGAGAAGCUUUUUGAUGAUUUGACUACUCUAGAAGUAUUGAUUUAUGACUGCCUCAUUAAUAAAGAUCUAAGCCUGAAAGAAUAUCAGGAGCUUACAGAAUUUGAAAAAGUCCAACUUCUUAUGUCCACUACUUCCGAAGAAGAUUUUGUGAAACAUGUGGAACAGUGGCUUUUUCCUUUUCUCGAACGCUGUGAUAAACAUGAUCCUGGGUGUGCUAAAUCCCUCUUAAAAACAUACUUGAUGUAUUUGUCCAAGAACAGUUUAAUUUAUUGCAAGAAGCUAUUGGAGAACUAUAAGUUUGAUACACACACAGUGAUAUCGGAUGUAAAUGAACUCAUAUGCCUUGGACUGCAUUGUAUAUAUUAUUGUGAAAGGUCUGAUCAACUAACAAAUGCUAAAUCUAUGCAUGAGUUGUUUUUGUCAUUGCCUGAUCAAGUUUCUAAAAAUACUCCUAAACAGUUUCACAGUGUGCCAAACGGCAUUGAAAAUUUGCAAAAGCAUAUUAGCGUUUGUGAACUGUUAGAUAGGAAUGGUUUAGCUGUUACAUUAGCAAUUGUGCAGAAUAUUUCAUGUAAUUCUGAAGAAGUUAAAAAAAUAUUAACAAAACUGACAAGAAUGGCUAGUCAUAGAUUUCCUGUACUUAGUGAUGAUGAAUGGAUUGGUCUGUUGUCUGAUGUUCUAGAAACGCAGCAGCUGUUAUUCAAGUGUGUUUCUCAGGAAGACUGUUAUGAGAUAGUUUUGCAAUCUUUGUUGUGCUCUGGGAAAUGUGAAGGCAUUACUUUAGCUGGAAAAAUGAUGGAAUGCAAUAAUAAACAAAGAAGAGAAAAACUCUGUAUUGGGCCACAGUCUUUCAAGUUACCUUAUGCAAAAUCUGUGCAGUUGGUGUUGGCUGCAACCCGGGAGUAUUUUAAUUCAUCUGCGAAUGCCUCAGAUCCAUGCAUGGCUCUUGCUAGAAUGUGCUUAAAUUUGAUUGAAGAUGUGCCAGCAAGUAUAGAGGAAGAGCUUGAUUUAAUUUCUGCUAUAUCAUUGCUACAAGAGUUUAAUGUUAAUGUUUUACCUUUGCAAGUGAGGUUGUGUGAAAAUAGGUUAACUCUAGUGCAAGAAGUGCUUCAAAAGAAGGAUAAAAACUACAAGAAAUCAGCGAAGAUAAUGAAACUUGCAUAUCUUCUAAGAGCUGGAAGUACUAACAAACAUGAAAGAGAGGGUAAAGUAUUGACCUUAAUUGGAGAACGUGCAUUUCAGUGUAAAGAUUACAAGGAAUGUCUAUCUGCAUGUAAGCAACUGAUGGCUGGGGUGCACAAAGAAGGAUGGAUGAUCUGCUACGCUUUAGGUGAAUGUAAUGAAUUUGAUGACAUUCCAUCUAGGUCUGAUUUAUUAUCAUUUUCCCUCGCCUAUUGUUCUGAUGACUUGAUGAAAGCAAUAAUGAAAAGUCGAACAGAAUUGCAGUUGCAGGUAUUGCAAGGGAGAGUCAAAUAUCUCAUGGGUGAUGAUGUCAUUCACCUGCCUUCCAGCAAGUCUGAAAAUUUUCUUUCUGAUGAAUUGGAAACUGAUAUUAAUGGCAUGAACCCUUUGUGGCAUACUGGUGAGAAAACAUUCCAAAUCUUGCAGAAUACAACUCAAACAACUAAAACUGUUUUUAAAUCUGUGAAAAGUGCCCAGUUUUGGAAGGAUGCUGUAAA